UCCCAUUUAGGCGCACUUUUUUUAAUGGACUACUUCAACUGAAGACAACUUUUUACCUUUUUAAUUCGAUAAAAAAAAUGACACACGUUUACAGUCAGCGGUCCGUGGUUGUCCUGUCUCUACUGGGGAUUCUAUCGGCCAUUAUGUCGGUUUUGUCGGUCAUUCUUAUCUUCCAACUGCAGCCCCAACACACGGCCAUAAAGGAGUACGCUCCCUCGGUCGUACCUCCUAACGUUCGGGCCUUCCUUUUGCCGGUGUCGACUGUGCUCUCGGCUCUGUCGCUCACCCUUAACCUGAGCUCGGUGGUGGUCUGUCUCCUACAUGGCUACUUUUCCACCGAGGUGUGUCGAGGAGAACUGGACACCGAAAGAGCAGACUGGUUCCUGUUGGACAGCCGAGCAGUACGACAUGUGGCCAUCGGAUUGUUCUGCCUUGGAGUUUCGGUCUAUUUGGCAGCUAUGUCUAUUUUUAUGCUGCUCAUAUUUGAGGCGGAGACGGGAAUUGCCAGCGCCUCCGUCCUGGCCUCCGGCAUCUUGAUCCUUCUGGUAGUGGUGAUCCAUUCUCUUGUCAAGGUUUCCCAAGUGGCUAAACGCGGCCGAGAAGACCACCUCGAAACUCUCUUUCGCAACGAGCACAGAAGCAGCAACAACAGUCCCGUGUCUUGGCCCUGUGAGCUAAAAAUUGGUGUGGACAAACUGCGGGUGCCCCGCAGACCGUCCCACCUCCAGCAUCACAUGUCGUUCACACCUUCCAGCAGCCCCAGACAUCAGCAGCGGCACCACCCGCAGGAGGAGUACCCCCCUGUUGGAGAAGAGUCGCGCGGUCACUCUGGCAAUGUGGACAGCUACAGCGGAGGCGGCAGCUGUCCUCGCUCACACAGGAGCUUAUCUUCAGACUCGGUUUUGCUAAAGGCUAAACCCUGGAAUGGCGUCAACAACGAGAUGAGGAGCGUCCUGGCACGCAAGUCCGGGAUUUCGGCCAAAGACUCGACCCUUGUGUGACAAAAGGCUGAUGAAGAGGAGGAUUUCAAUAAGUCAGCAUGGACAUACUACUGAUAUGUAAUAGCUUCAAUGAUUCCAGGCCAUCUGGAAACUGAGCAAAAAAAAAUCCACAUUUUUGACUCUAUAAAUUGUGAUAAUCUACUCUGUAAAUUGUUUUAAACAACAAUACAAUGAUCAACCACCUCAUGUGCUAUGAGAAAUUAUUUGAUGUGCCACAGGAAAUUAUUCAAUUCACUUAAUUUUAAUUUCUGAAAUUUAUUUACUGCAAAUAUGUUUUUGUUUGUGCGUCUAUGACAGCAACGUAUAGUGACAGACAGAAUAAAUAACUGCUCUUCCUCUAAAUGGUGGAUUGGAACAAUUAACCUGUGUAUAACCAUUGCCAUUCACACAACAGAAAAAUAUAUUUGUCAUCAAAUAAACAGGCCCAAAUUUGACACAAUAA